AUGCCUGCCAAGAAGAGCAUGAAAGCAGUAUUUGACUGUUCUGCAGAUGAACCUGGAGAAUUAUCGUUCAAGGAAGGAGAUAUUCUGGUCGAUGUGGAGGAAUCAGGUGAGGAAGGCUGGUAUACUGGCAGAAUACAGCAUACUUCAGAGACAGGUUUGUUCCCAUACAACUAUGUAGUGGAAUUGCUGCCUGCACAAAAGCAAGAAGAGCCACCCUUGUCGAAAUUUCCACCUCUCGAUGCUUUUGAAGCUGCCAUAUCUCCUAAUAAUGCUGGAAAGGCUUUUUCAAAAUCAAAUAACAACUGGACAUCCACUGCUACAGCUACUACUAUCAGCCAACCGCCGAUCAUUGCUGCCAAACCAAAGCUAGCAUCUACCGCUCCAUCUUCUAGCAGUAACAGUAAUGUGGGAUUGGGUAUCCGAGUCUAUGGAAGCAACAACAACAUCAGCAGCAGCAGCACAUUUGAAAAACCUCAACUAAAGCCCAUCGGUAGCAUAAAAUCCAUGGAAUCAUCCACAUCGCCUACUCGUUCUCGAUCCUACUCUACGUCUGCAGUAUCAAACACACCAGAAAAGGAACCUAUGAAUGCCGAGAAAACGCUCAGACCAUCUCAACUACUGAACGGCAAAGGGACAAAGAGUGCGUUGGAAUUAGCAUUGAGUAAAGGGUCACCCAAAUCGCCUUCCUCCUCCUCUUCUGGUGUAAAGUCCAACGCAUUUUCAACAAGUGUAGGCAAUAGCACAGGUGGCAUUGCUUUGCCUGGUUUGAGUACGAUUAAGCUAAACAGCACCCCUCAUGAUGUAGUUGAAGAAGAAGAAGAUGGUUUUCAGAUGGUCAAGCCCUCACAAUUGCGCUCAAGGCAGCAGGUGACACCAAUAAGACCUAUUGUAUCUCAAUCGUCUUCUUUUGCUUCUACAACCAGUACAAGUACAACAGCGCCUUCUUGGAAGAAAACAACCGACACGACAGUGUUUACCAAUGUCAAAACCGCAUCUCCAUCAUCUCUGUCCUCUACAUCAUCCUCACCUAGACCUACAAGUGGGUCCAAACUCGAUGCUGCACCUUCAACCAGUACACCGAUGCCUCGAUUACCAUCUCGACCUGUGUCUACGGCCAGUAGACGAUCUCGCAAUAGUAGAAACUCUUCGUCUUCUCUCAAAUCAUCACCUUCCACCUCCAACAAGACAACGCCUACCGCAUCGAAUGCUAACUUACCGCCCGUCAGAGAAACAAACGAGAAAACCAACUCUGCGCCACCUGCAUUGAAGCCAAAACCACAGAUAGCUGCCACUGCACAACCUAAUUUGCCACCAAGACCCAAACUUCGCAGUACAUCCAAUCCGCCUCCUAUUCAACCUAAACCUGCCAUGUCUUCGAUCGAAAUCUUGUUGAGCAAAAACAAGAACGAGCUUGCUGUAUCCGCCACACCCUCCAAGUCCACCACACCUCCUCCUCGCAACGCAGCUACAAAGCCAGUAUUGUCGAGCACCAACAAGAAACCGUUCAACCUAUCUAGCAAACCAAGUUUGGACAGCUGGCAAUCGUUGGACAAUGCCAAAGAGUCAUCACACGAUGUGAAUAUCAAGCCAUCCGCUCUACUCAAGAACAACCGAGUCAGAUCAGCAACAAAUCCAGUCUCAUAUUCAACAAUGCCUGAAUGGAUGUCUGCUGUUAAUAAGCAACCCAAACCAAGCACUGCUACAAAACCUGCGCCUGUGCCUUAUGAGAGACCUACAUCACCAAUUGCUCAUCCAGUAUCUCGAUCACCCGCACCUGUGGCAGCUGCUGUCAUUGAGCCUGCUGCUGCUACCACAAAGAAAAAUCCACCACCUCCACCACCUUCCAGACCACCAAAAAGCCAAAACAGCAACAGCAAACAGCGCUAUGAAGUCUUGUUUGACACAAUUCAUGACGAUGGCUAUGUGGAUGGCGAAACAGCUCAUUUCGUUUGGCUCAAGAGUAAAUUAUCUAAUGAGGAUUUAGCUCGUAUUUGGAGAGAGUGUGAUCCAGAUCACAAGGGUUUAUUGGAUAAACAUGCAUUUAUAGAUGGUAUGAGCAAAAUUGAUGAACUUUUAUCUCUAAAGCAGCAGCAACAAGCUGUCUAG